AUGAGGGCAUUCCUUUGUUCAUUCUUGCUUGCUUGGGCAGCUGUUGUCCCUGCCCAGGUACAGCCGUCGGGUGUGAGUCAACCGAUCGUGGAGGACUGCGGUUUCAAUGGAACAGUGGUGUGCGUCAACAAAUAUGCUGCUGUGCUCCCGUACCACUUCAACAGAUCAAUUUCGAGCAAUCAAGCGGACUACGACUUCCGCAACACGAGCGCUCGGAAUGCCUCGACCCUAGGCCUUUUAGAGACCGCCAACUUUGUGGUCUUUGACCGCCAGCGGGGACUGCAGUACCUAGGCUCCAAUCCCAGCUACGAGUUCAUGUUUGCGGUAUCCUCUGCCGUCCACGAAGCCCCAGUGUACGCACCUAAGCAGAACCUGCUUUUCCUGUCACAGCUGGCCCCGCCUACGGGCGUACUUCCUCAAUUGGUCGUGGACCUGAACCAAGAUCCUCCCACGCUCAGCGAGUAUCUGCCCGACCCUCCUAUCUACGCCCCGAACGGAGGCACAUUCCGCGACGGCCUUAUCGUCUUCGGCGCCAGCGGAGGUAACAACAGCCUGGGAGGAAUUGAGCAAAGAGUCUCACUCCGUACCGUGGACCCAGCUACGAACCGCUCCACGGUUCUACUCAACAACUACUUUGGCUUCUACUUUAACACGAUCGAUGACUUGGCUGUGCAUCCGACCACAAAAGAUAUCUUCUUCACAGACCCCUACUACAGCUGGUUUAAUGCUCUCACGGACACUGCACCGCAGUUACCAGCCGCGAGUUACCGAUUCAGCCCAGAGACAGGGGCAGUGUUCCUCAUUGACGACAGCCUGGUGCAGCCUAAUGGUAUUGCCUUUUCUCCGGAUGGCAACACCCUGUAUAUCUCCGACACGGGCGCAGUAUACGGGACGAUCGAUCCUCGUUUAGGCAGUCAGGGCUCGUCCUUCAACACUACUGGUCCAAGAAUGAUCUAUGCUUUCGACGUGACCAACAAUGGCACGAGGGUUGCCAACAAACGUGCCUUUUAUCUCGCUCAAGACUGGGUUCCUGAUGGCUUGAAGGUCAGCAAGGAAGGUUUGGUGCUUACUGGUUCCGGACACGGCGUAGACAUCUUGGAUGAUGUCGGCCAACUUCUUAUCCGCAUCCAAACCAACUACACGGUCCAGAACUUUGCUUGGACAGGGCAGAAUCUGAGCACACUUUGGCUCAUGGGUCAAGGUGGAAUCAGUAGGGUGGAGUUCAACAUCACGGGACAGACACUCACUUGA